UUUUUAGACUUGGACAUGGCCUCCUCCAAGAAGGUUACCCUGUCCGUGCUCAGCCGGGAGCAGUCGGAAGGGGUCGGGGCGAGGGUCCGAAGAAGCAUUGGCAGACCCGAGUUGAAAAAUCUGGACCCAUUUUUACUGUUUGACGAAUUUAAAGGAGGUAGACCAGGUGGAUUUCCUGAUCACCCGCAUCGAGGUUUUGAGACAGUAUCUUACCUCCUGGAAGGGGGCAGCAUGGCCCAUGAAGACUUCUGUGGACAUGUUGGUCAGAUGAACCCAGGAGACCUGCAGUGGAUGACCGCGGGCCGGGGCAUUCUGCACGCGGAGAUGCCUUGCUCGGAGGAGCCAGCCCACGGCCUACAGCUGUGGGUUAAUUUGAGAAGCUCGGAGAAGAUGGUGGAGCCUCAGUACCAGGAACUGAAAAGUAAAGAAAUCCCUAAACCCAGUAAGGAUGGCGUGACAGUUGCUGUCAUUUCUGGAGAAGCCCUGGGAAUAAAGUCUAAGAUUUACACUCGCACACCAACCUUAUAUUUGGACUUCAAACUGGACCACGGAGCAAAGCAUUCCCAACCUAUUCCUAAAGGGUGGACAAGCUUCAUUUAUACCAUAUCUGGAAAUGUGUAUAUUGGGCCUGAUGAUGCACAACAAAAAAUAGAACCUCAUCACACGGCAGUGCUGGGGGAGGGUGACAGUGUCCAGGUGCAGAACAGGGAUCCUGAGAGAAACCAUUUCAUCCUAAUUGCUGGGGAGCCAUUAGGAGAACCAGUUGUCCAGCAUGGUCCAUUUGUGAUGAACACCAAUGAAGAGAUUUCUCAGGCCAUCCUUGAUUUCAGAAAUGCAAAAAAUGGGUUUGAACGAGCCAAAACCUGGAAAUCAAAGAUUGGAAACUAG